ACCUUGAAAGAGCUUGGUUGAGAGAGAGAGAGAGACACCAAAUUUGUAUAGAGAAUAAUAAUUAAUAGAAACACACUACUAGUGUGUAGUGGUGACCAUGGCAAAGACUCCUUGUUGUGAAAGGAUGGGAAUGAGGAAAGGACCAUGGAGUGCUGAAGAAGAUCAUAUCUUGAUUUCUUAUGUUCAAACAUAUGGUCAUGGAAAUUGGCGUGCCCUUCCUAAGCAAGCUGGUUUGUUAAGGUGUGGUAAGAGUUGUAGGCUUCGAUGGAUAAAUUACUUGAGACCAGAUAUCAAACGAGGAAAAUUCAGCAAGGAAGAAGAAGAUUCUAUCUUAAAGCUACAUGAAAUUCUUGGAAAUAAAUGGUCAGCUAUUGCAGCAAAAUUACCAGGAAGAACGGAUAAUGAAGUAAAGAACUUUUGGCAUACUCAUUUGAAGAAAAGGGUCCAAAAGAAUAAAGUGCACAAUGCUAAUAUUACCUCCUUCUCAUAUACUUUACAAGAGGCACAAACAAGUGAUGCUUCUUCUAGUGUCGGUGAAAAAAUAGUGAUCUCUAAUUAUGGUUUAGUAGCCUCAAGUAAGGAUCCAUCAGUUGUAGGCACAGAAUUUUGCAAUGCAAUCUCUUGUGAUGAUACUUUAGGAGAAAAUAUGGAUAAUCAUGGUUCAUGUCAGAUUAGUGAAGAAAUGGAAUUUUGGUAUAGUGUAUUCAUCAAAUCAGGGCAGACAUCAUGAAGAAUGGAAAUCUAGGAUAGGAGAUUGUCUCAUAUGUUUUUUUUUUCUCUUUUCGGAUGUUAAUUCUUGAUUUCGGGUUUGUGUAUAAAAAUUGAGUUAAAUAAAUGUUUAAAAUUGAGAUCCAAAUUUGAAAAUGAAAUUAGAUUUCUCAAUAAAAAGAACUUU